AUGAAAGGAAUAUGCGAAAUAUUUCACGCAACUAGUAACGAUGCAUCACCACGACCAACGGAAUUAACAACAAAACUAAGAAAUUCGUUAAGAGAAACGUUAAAAAAUAAUAACGAUUCAUCGUUGCCAACUGCUAUCAGUCAACUUAAAAUAAGGCAGACACCAUCACCAAAACGCGGAAAAAAGAAUUCAAUUGGUACCAAAUCCGACAAGAAUGAAUCAAUCACUUGUUCAGCUCAGGCAAUUAUAUCAUUUUGCAUGGAAAAUGCACGCGCUGAUAUAGCAACGCGAAUUCUUAAACGUAUGGUUUAUAAGCGAAAUGAUUUUGCACAAUUUUACAAAUGCCUCAACGGUGAACAGCUGUUUAAUUUAACAAAUUCGUUGAAAGAAUUCAUUACGAAUGUUGUCCGAUGUGUUAAUAAUACGGAAAAAGUGCGAGAAUUGUCAGUUCAAUUUGGCAUUGAUUAUGUGCCAAGGCGAAGUUGGGGAUUUAAAGCUGAUUACUUUUCGGUGAUGGCUGACGCUCUUAUAACUGAAUUUGUUUUUCUUGAUGGAGCCAUACAUCAGCCGACAGAGACGAUUGCUGCCUGGGUUUCUCUAGCUGAGUUAAUGUUUGGUUAUGUCAGGGAUGGAUACUAUCAACAGUUGAGAUAUUUACGAAAAAACGAUCAAAGUUUCAAUUCGUUCUUCACAUAUUCGUCGCAAUCAUCGGACUGCAGUACAUCAGAAAUGGAACAAAAACCACAAAAUAAAAUUAGUCGACAUGAACGGCGAAUGCGCUCAGUGCCCGAACGACGAAUCCAACAGGAUUCAUCAUCGCAGUAUAUGGAACCAGCAUCAUCGAUGGAUCGCUUCAAUAUUCCCAUAAGCAACAGACUAGCUCAACUGACCGCAUCACGACGCUUUAAUUCUUUCACUUAA